GUUGCUUUUCCAGAUUAUUUUCUUUUGUUAAUAAAUGAGUAGGGUGAUUUAUAUUCUACUUUUGUGUUUUAGGUGGGCCUAUAUAUGGUGCAAUGAUAUGUGAAGUAGCAUACUUGAGUGGGUAGAUUUCAGAGCCUUGUUUUGGUGUUUUGUUUCUUUGAGUGUUGAAAAUCACACAAGGAGAUCGAGGGCACUUUCCUCUUUUUUCUACCUUUUCACAAGCUAGAGGUCACACAGGGAUCCUCCACAUGGGUGUAGCCGGGAUUUUUGUUGGUAGGAGGGCAGGCCUUUUGUUGUGGGGGGACGGAACCUCGGUUAGCUAUGGGUUUUUUAUCAAUUUUUAUUGAUUUGGAGGGGCAGCUGCCCCCCCCCCCCCAGCUACACUCGUGAACCUCCAUCAGUAGAGGAGGCUCCCUGCCUCAGACUUUGGCUCUCAAAACUUCUGGAGGUCUCUAAAAUCUGUAGUGCUGGUUCACUAGAGCAGGUGGGACAUGGCAACCUGUCCCGCCUUUUCCUCAUGUGUUUAUUUACUGUGUACGGUUUGGGAAAAGCCUGUUCUUCUUACCAUCUGAUAGUGUUGUAUCCUUACUUAACUGCAUGUGCAAAUGCUGGAACAAGCAUAAUAUACUUUUUCCCGAACCUAUAGUGAUACUCAUCAAAGCUCAUAUCUAGUUUGGCCCCAGAUCAGUUUUUUAUACUAUCAGAUUAACAAAAAUUUAACUUAAAAUCUUAAAUCCUAAACGAUUGUGUCAGUUGUGAUGCCUACACAAUGCCAAGGCAACCUAGGUCAGGGGUUCCCAACAAAAAUUUCCCGAGGACCCCUCAUCGAGCCGCUAUUGUGACAAGGACCCCCAUUCCUAAUCCUAAAAUUAAAAAGUGAGAGCCAAAUUAAGAGUCUUUUUAUAUUUUAUAUUUAUACGUUUUUUACAGUUACAACAGAGUACUCGCAUCAGUAUACAGCUAGUUUUAAUUUUCAGUUCUUAAUGAGAUGAACCACUUUUUAACCAACGGUCCAUUUUUAACUACGCGAACUGUAGCUUCCGCAAAAAAACAACGCUUUGUUUACAAACACUACUGUUUUGCAAAGGGGCAGCGCGCGCCAGGGAGGAGGGAGGGGAAUGGAGAAGACAGGGUACCUGCGCAGUAGUGCACAAAUGAAGCCGACGCGCGCAAAGCAUCUUGGGGAGGUGAGCGUUAGUAGAAUGCGCACGAUGCCUCUUUGCAAAACAGUAGUGUUUGUAAAGCGCCACCUAACGGCAUACAGCAGAACUACUGCCUCUAUCUAAUUCUAGUUUUGCGCUAGACUCUGCUCAUGCAGGAAGCGGCCAAAACAAAAAAUCUGUUAUCAUACGAAAUAUAUUUAAUAUAUUUUUUUAUUCUACUAGCAUCUUGCGGACCCCUCUGGCAUAGCUUGCAGACCCCUGGGGGUCCGCGGACCACCUGUUGGGAACCACUGACCUAGAAAGAUACGGCAGUUUGGCGUAAGCCAUCUGAAGAAUUCAAUGGAUACCUCUACAAAGCACAAGGGAUUGUGGAGGAUGUCGCUAACAGAAUAGUAGAUCACCUACGUCCUGGGCCCUAUCGACUCUACUGGGAUAGUCUGAUGACCUCGAUGGAUAUUGUUGAUGAGUUUGAAGAGAACUGUUGUAUUAUGCGGUACACCACAGCUGGCCAGUUGUGGAACAUCAUUUCUCCCAGAGAGUUUGUUGACUUCUCCUGCACAACAGACUACGAAGACGGGAUUCUGUCAUGUGGUGUCAGCCUGGACUAUGGUGAAGUAAAACCAGGUUAUGUUCGAGGUUUUAACCAUCCCUGUGGCUGGUUCUGUUUCCCUCUCAAGGACAAUCCUAGACACAGCCUGUUGAUAGGCUUCAUCCAGACAGAUUUGCGUGGGAUGAUCCCCCAGUCAGCGGUGGACACGGCUAUGGCCAGUAGUCUGACUAACUUUUAUUCUGAUCUCAGAAAAACCCUGAAAGCAUAAUCUGUGCUGACCUCAAACUGUGUGUGUUUCUUGCAAUCAUAUUCUGCACCUCAUAGUCGAUUCUGAAAACCUUAGGAUAGGUUGGAAGCUUCCUGCAUGAAGGUCUGUAGUAUUUUCCUUAUAGGUGCUGGUAGUCCCAUUUGCACAGAAGAACUGAAAACAUGUUUACUCUUAAGUAAGAUCCACUGAGCUCAGUGAAACUCACUUGGCAAGCCUUCAGCACAUCAUUGCUUCUUAGCCAAGCCUUGGACACAGAAGCCCAUGGCACUCGUGCAACCACAUUCUGGACGGAACUGUAAAUCAGAGUGUUCUAGCAAGUUGAGGGAAAGGAUCUCUUCCCUGCAGAAAUACAGUCUAUGGGCUGACCCACACAACAUAAUUUCCAGAAUGGAAAUCACAGUGCUCACAUUUGUAGCAUCCCCAUGGAAGAUGCUGGUUUUCACAAAGGGAAGCUGUAGAACUGGGAGGUGAAAACAUGUUCUGCUCUAGCUAAUUUCACCCCUAAAGGAAACUAGGCAAUGAUAGGAAAGCUCUGCCAUCCAGCAACCCCUUUAUUUACUAAGAAUGCUUUACUAAACUUUAUUACUAGGGAGAAGCCUCAUUGAGCACAGUAGGACUUGCUUCUGAGUAAACAUGGAAGGCGUUGGCCUGUAAGAGUGGGAAUAGCAAUACACUGGCAUCUUUUCUUUUCAAGGGCUAAAUGUAUGAAUGCGAAAUACUAAUGCUUUCAUGUACUUUAUGUUGCUUGCUAAUCCUGAUCUAAAAGUUGGUUCAGAAUCUUUUAUCCUUAAACUAAAAAGCUUGAUGCACUGUAGAGAAUUCUGUGCUCCUGUUUCCAUACUUUACUGCUUUAUAGAGUAAUUUUGUCAUUGGUUAUUUGGGGUGGCAUGCAACUGAGUCUUAUUCAGAGUAGACCCACUGAAAUUAAUGGCCCUUGCUUAAUCUUUAAUUUCAGUGGACCUACUCUGAAUAAAACUUGCUUGCAUACCACCCAUUGUAGCCAAAAAGUUAGCAGUAGUUGUUACUGAUAACAAAAUAGUAAAGCAUGUGGUAAUUUGCAAACUGCUCUGAUUAUUACUAGUACAUGGUGACAAGUUUCAAUUAGUAACAUCUGUAAAAUGUAUUAUCCUUCAAUAGGAGAUUGGAGGGACUUAACAGUGCUUAACUUUGACUGGGUGCACCUAAGAAUUGAACCAAGAUUUUCCAUAAAAACAGUUUAAUAAUAUUUAAGGCCUAUACUCCAGGACAUCGUUUUCUUAAGAUUGCUCUUAUGUUAACAUACCAGGAAAGAAUUCAUUUGAGACUUUGGUAGAGCAUAAUCUUCUUAAAGCUUCACGAUGAGGUUUAUUUUUUUAAAUUGUUAAUAUGCUUCAAUUAUUUAAAAAUAUGUUUUUAACUUCACUUGCUGGUACAAGUGACCCACAGUUCUACUGAAAUGACUGCUAGUCAUUGAGAUGGUGCUACUGCUGGAAGAAUAUAUAGGAAUUGUGCUGCAGUUCUGUAUUAUAAACUGGUGAGAGAUUAUUUAUAUAAGAUGCUUAAGAUGUAUAUUAAAGUAUUCAGUUCAAAAUAUUAGUGGUGGUGGUUGUUUUUUUAAAAAAAGAUAACGUUGCCAGUCACGCAAAUCUGCUUUAUACAGAGUAGCUGGGGAAACCCAGCCAGAUGGGUGGGGUAGAA